AUGGCGGCGCCCGCGGACCCGCCGGCGGCGGCGGCUGAGGGACGGUUCCGUACGCGCGACGUGUUGGUGCCCGGCGGCCCGUCCGACUUCGGGUCGCUGCUGCUGUCGGCGCCGGUGCUGGCGGGGCUGGAGGCGGCUGGGUUCCACAGGCCGUCGCCGGUCCAGCUGAAGGCCAUCCCGCUGGGGCGCUGCGGCCUGGAUCUCAUCGUGCAGGCCAAGUCCGGCACUGGCAAAACCUGCGUGUUCUCCACCAUCGCCCUGGACGCGGUGCUGCUGGAGAGCCCCGCCACGCAGAUUCUGAUCUUGGCUCCUACGCGAGAGAUCGCUGUGCAGAUUCAUGCUGUAAUCACAACUAUCGGAAUAAAAAUGGAAGGCUUGGAAUGCCAUGUCUUCAUUGGAGGGACUCCUUUGAACCAGGACAAAAUCAGACUAAAGAAGUGCCACAUAGCGGUUGGCUCCCCAGGUCGAAUAAAACAGCUCAUAGAGUUGGACUACUUGAAUACAGCCAGUAUCCGGCUUUUCAUUCUUGAUGAGGCAGACAAGCUUCUAGAAGAAGGCAGCUUUCAGGAACAAAUCAAUUGGAUUUACUCUUCACUACCAGCCAAUAAACAGAUGCUUGCUGUUUCAGCUACUUAUCCUGAAUCAUUAGCUAAUGCUUUGACCAGGUACAUGAGAGAGCCAACAUUUGUGAGGUUGAACCCUACUGAUCCGAGUCUCAUUGGGCUGAAGCAGUAUUAUAAAAUUGUGAAUUCCCAUCCGCUUCUGCAUAAAACAUUUGAGGAGAAAACCCAGCACCUGCAGGAGUUGUUCAGCAAAAUUCCAUUUAAUCAAGCCUUAGUCUUCUCAAAUUUGCAUAGCAGGGCUCAACAUCUAGCUGAAAUACUAACAUCCAGAGGCUUUCCUGCUGAAUGCAUUUCGGGCAGCAUGAAUCAAAAUCAACGACUUGAUGCUAUGGCUAAAUUAAAGCAAUUUCACUGUAGAGUUCUGAUUUCCACAGACUUGACAUCUCGUGGAAUUGAUGCCGAAAAAGUGAAUCUGGUUAUCAACCUGGAUGUACCUGUUGACUGGGAAACGUACAUGCAUCGUAUUGGCAGAGCUGGGCGCUUUGGAACUUUAGGUUUAUCUGUGACAUACUGCUGCCGUGGAGAGGAGGAAAACAUGAUGAUGAAGAUUGCUCAGAAGUGUAAUCUUCAGCUUUUUCCUCUACCAGAGCCUAUACCUCCUGGAAUGAUGGAUCAGUUUGAAGAUGGGGAGGUAGAAGUCAAACCUGUUGUACAUACAGGUGCUUCAGUGAAUUCUAACACUGUGUGUCUUAGACCAAAGGAACCAGUACUGCAGCCUGUCCAAAAUAGUUUUUCAGAGGUAUCUCAGCCUCUUUCUAAUCUUCCAGGUGAUAAUUCUUCUGUAGAAAGGCCAAAAAAGGCUCUGAAGCAAAAGCAGAUAAAAAAGAGCACAAAUUCUGCAAACACAGAAAAAGGUGGUAGAAACCCCCAAACUUCCAGUUGCCGCACAGAACAGAGGAAUCAAGUCAAAACUGUCUCCAGAACGGAUGGACAGCAUAACACUCAGGCUCCAGAUGAGGAGGCCUUAAAAAAAAAUCUUCCCAGAAUUCCAUGCUUGUCUUCUUUCAAAAACCAACCAAACAAUCCUUGGAGCUUCUCAGAAUUUGUUGAAGACUAUGAGUAUUUCAUUAAAGAAGGGUUGGAGAGAGAAGUUGAAAUUUUACGAAGCUUCUCAGGCCCAGGAGAACAAUGUGAGCUCCCCAGAAAUGGUGGUGUAGAGUGGAAAGAGGUGGAACAUAACACAGAGACAGUAGCAAAUGGCAUUGUGUGUGGUGACAGUGAUGGUUCGUACAGUUCCAGGGCUUCCUCCAAUAGUAGGGAAAAUAACUCGUGCUUUGAAGCAUUUUCAGAGGCGCAGGAGAAGAAUGCUGUUCCCACAAUGAGUCAGGGUCAUGCAGGCUUCUGUCCUACACCAGAGAAGCCUCAGGAACUAUCACAAGUCCCAAAGCAAAAUCAAGUGAAAAAGAAAGUUGUGAAACAAAAUGCUAAACAAAAGAAAAGCCACUACCAUCAAUUCCCUAGUCCUUCCACGAAAAAAACUGAGGAUGACUGCUCCUGCAGCUCUUGGGAUGAUGGUGUUCCAUAUGAGGCUUCAAGUUACAGAAACUACUGGAAAUCUUAUUACCAAGCAUGGCAAAACUACUAUGCUGCUGUGCCUCACUAUGGGAAAAGUUACAGACAAUUUAAUUGGAUGAAUGCCUAUCAUGUCAACUCAGUCUAUCUUCAGGAACUGCUGAAAAGUGGUGAUUGAUGUAAUGACACUGCUGUUAGGGAUGGGCUGGUUGGCGCAUUGAAUGGACAUUAUCUGUGAAAACAUAACUGCUGGUCUACAAGUACAUUGACUAACAUAAACAGAUGUUUAUGUUUGAAGAAAAACAUUGUCUUUUUUAUAAGUGAGCUGUGUCUAGGUAAAUGUUUUACAUGCAUUCCAGUGAUGGUGUUACAACAAUUUGUUAAUAAAAGGAAA